UUCAGGAGUUCAGAAGUCGAGCAGUGCCAGGAAAGUAAAGGUGAUCUGCUUGGCCAUGUCUGAGGAACGGCUGAGAGUCAUCUUUGGUCACCUGGGCCAGCAGAGGAGCAGAGCACCUGUUCUCCCCCAGGCCACCUCCAGCUCCCUGGGUGUGGUCAGCAAGGAUGGCAGCUCCACCUUCCAAUGCACCCUGGACAACCCACACCUCACCCAAGCCCAGCGCGCCUUCUAUGAGGAGAACGGCUUCCUGGUCAUCCCCAAUCUGGUGCCCCACGACAAGAUAGACAGAUGGAGGGCGAGAUUCCUGGACCUUGUUGAGGGUCGGCAGGACACCGGCGGCAUGACCAAGAUGAAGGACGUCUCCCUGAAGGGCGUGCAGGGAGUGUCUGGUGAGCGCGUGGUGAACAAGAUCCAGGACUUUGUUUGGGACGAUAUUCUCUCGGAGCACUGCCAGCUGCCUCAGGUGCUGGACUAUGUGGAGUGCUUCACGGGCCCUAACAUCAUGGCAAUGCACACCAUGCUGAUCAACAAACCCCCAGACCCCGGAACCCGCACCUCCCGCCACCCCAUGCACCAGGACCUCCACUACUUCCCCUUCAGACCUGCCAACCGCAUCGUGUGUGCCUGGACCGCCAUGGAGAAUGUCAACACUGAGAACGGCUGCCUCUUUGUCCUGCCCGGCUCACACAAGGGAGUCCUGGAGCCCCACGAGUACCCUGAAUGGGAGAAUGGAGUGAACAAGAUGUACCACGGGGUGAGAGGCUACGAUGACAUCCCCAAGACUCUGCUGUCCAUGGAGAAGGGAGAUACUGUGUUCUUCCAUCCUGUCCUCCUUCACGGCUCUGGAGACAACAAGACCCAGCACUUCCGUAAGGCCAUCUCCUGCCACUACGCUGCCUCAGAGUGUGAGUACAUUGAUGUGCGUGGCACCUCCCAGGAGAACAUUGCCAAGGAGGUGGAGGAAGUUGCCAGGCGGGGGAUAAAUGACCUUAGCUUCAAGGAGUUGUGGAGGCUUCGCAGUCGCCUGGUGCGCGGCAGCGAAGUGAACCUGUAGCUGUGGGGUGCUGGGCAGUGGUUGGUGUUGCCUUAGGUUUAACCUGUGAUGUUAAUGGUUAUGCGUGCUUCAUUAUUACAGGGAAACAUUUGUGGUAGUACCUGCAUGAAGGAAAAGAACAAUAUAUGAUAACUCUCUUUCAUGCAUUGUAUUAGAGUUUGAAAUUUGUUGGUUCUCUGGUGGGUAGUAAUGUGUUGGUGAAUGGGUCAUGAACAACACACUGUGGCUGCUUCUGUUGUGCAGUUUCCAUUCUUUCCUGUCCUCUUCAAGGAAAAUUAGCAGGAGUCAACAGGCAGUGGCAAACUUGCGGUGUAUUCUGAUGAGCCCCCCGCAUUUUGUUACUCAUGCUAUCACAAAGAACACGAGUCUUGCAUGUAAAAAAAAAAAGGUUGUGUAGAUUUGUAUAUCUGAGAUUUCUUAUAAUAUAUAUUAGAUAUGUAUCCAUCAGAA